AUGACUGUGGUGGAAGAUCUCCCAGUGAAAGAGAAAGAGCUCAAGAGACACACUCGCAGAGAUCCAGUUCUGGCCCGUGUCCUCCAGUCAGUGCAGAAAGGAUGGGAGGACGAUACGAUUACUCCGGAAAUUGCCCCUUAUGAUCACCACAAGGAUGAAAUAACCUUACUGCAAACCCUUGACGAGGGACAUAUCGGGGUGGUUAAAAUGAAGGGCCUCACACGCGGCCACGUGUGGUGGCCAAACAUCGAUAAAGACAUCGAGCGUGUUGGGAGACAGUGCAAGGGCUGCCAAGAACUGGCAAGAAACCCAUCAUAUGCACCCCUACAUCACUGGGUCUCCCAGUGUCCAAUAGUGUCCAACAACGGGCCGCAGUUCACUUCUGCAGAGUUUAGGAAGUUCACAGAAGGGAACCGAAUCCGUCACAUUACAGGAGCGCCCUACCACCCAGCAACCAACGGUCUGGCUGAGAGACUAGUCCAGAGUUUUAAGCAUGAAGUGAAAGCAGAUAAGUCGAAUAGAACGCUCCAACACCAGAUCGAUCGGUUCUUGCUGGCGUAUCGCACUGCGCCGCAUGCUACUACCGGUAUAAGUCCAGCGCAGUUGCUGUUCCAGAGGAAUCCAAGGACCAGGUUAGAUCUCCUUAAACCGAGUGUCAAGAGCACUGUAGACGGAAAGAACCUACAAGAUGAAACUAGGCCUUUCUCGGUUUUCCGCGAGGGUGACCGAGUCUGGAUUCGGAACUAUCGAGAUGGUCCCAAGUGGGUUCAUGGUACUGUUCUGGAGCAGGUGGGGCCGGUGAUAUACAAAGUCCAGACACAGGAGAAAGUGUGGAGGAGACAUUUUGAACAGCUGCGUCAUGACCAGUCUCAGCUGUCACCAAGGCAAGAGCCCCCGGCUAGUACAGACGCCAUGAACUUGAGUGGUCAUGAUGKCAAGGUCAGCACUGUCUGCCCAGUUGAGGGUGAAAGAGCGCCAUCAACCCCUGAUCCUAAGAUGGAUGUCAGUCAUGUAUUGUUUUCACUAGGAAAACCUUUGUUAUGUAGCUAA